AUGGAGGUGGAAUUGAUGGGUCGAAGGUGGUGGAGAAGGGGCUGGAAAGAGUCAACAUGGUGGUCAACUUCGAGAAGCCGAGAAGAGGCUGCUUUAAAAUUCGAGAGGAAGCUGGGGAGAGUUUUGCAAGCUUCUGAAUACGAAGAAGCACUUCACAGCCAUGAAGGCCUCAACAACCCCAUUUACACCUUACUAUCCAAUGUCGCCGACGCUCAACUAACCCGGCUAUACGUACACAAUCUGAUGCGUUAUCACUGUUCAACUAACUUCUUGAUAAGCUCGACGCUUUCAAGAUCAAUCAUCAAGAUUUUGAGUGUGUUUUUAACGAUCGCGAAAUAG